CAAAACUGCCCCGAGAGGCGGCUAAUUCGAUUCAGAGUGUCCAACGCCGCAGCCACGGGCGGACAGCAAUGUCAACACACCGAAACAUCCUCCGAGUCGAAAGAAUUAACUCGCUGGUAUCUCGCAGUCACAUAGAGUUCCUUUUCAUUGUGGUAAACCAAAAUCAUUUACUAUACGUCUCCUCUACAUCUGAGUAUCGGAACCACAUGGCAUCAUAACCAAUAAUUAUGGGGAAAUUCAUCAAUACACCAUCAGUGCGUUUUCGACGCAUAUGGCAAGGUAGAAACAGAGAAGUAGGGAGGAGCACGAUGGUGCGUGGGCUCCGUGUGAAGGUGAUUAUAGUAUUUGGAGUAACAUUGAUAGUUUUCUUGUGGCUGAUAUCCAUGCAGUCGAUUGAAUCAUGGCGCCAAACCAACCUCAAGCAAGUGGGUCUUCACGAAUUACCGUCAGUCGAGUCUCCAUAUAUCGAUCCCACCUUCCCCAAAAAAAAUCAAGAUAGAGGACGGGAGAACAACAACUGCAUUAGAAAAUCAGAAUAUAGAAGCAACAUUUUAUUACCAAGAGGAAAAGAAAUAAUUGACUAUGCAGGCUUAGAUCAAGAGCCAAUUUAUUUAGAAGAAGGAUGGCACGAGCCGAAGGAUGAAUUAGCGAAACACUUCUUAGUGACAUACGUUGGGCCACGCGAAGAAAAUGACUAUGACAUGACCGAUCCAACGCCUAACCCCAAAAAUAAGAAACCCAAACCCAAUUGGCAAGGAUGGCUAGAAAGGCUAAGCGGUAAGAACUUAUCGGGUGAUGACAGCGACCUAGAAAAAAUAAAAGAUAUGCGAUUCCUCCAGUUAGAUGGUGAAUUAAUGUCACAUGCCGAACUCAAGCGAAGAUACCCGAAUUUCCAAUUUAGAGGUUUUACUGAAGACACUCUUCGCGUAUUCCACCUGGAUUUGAAGGGAGCUCCACCUACCCUUGAGUACCUAAGACGACUCCUUCCUCUUCUAGCUACCUACGGUUGUGAUACCAUUCUCAUCGAGUACGAAGACAUGUUCCCUUACUGGGAUGCUCUCGUUAAUAUUUCAGCGAGGAACGCAUACAAAAGGCAAGAUAUUCGAAAGCUGCUGUCUUGGACCCACGACCUUGGUAUGCAAGUGAUUCCACUGGUCCAGACAUUUGGACACAUGGAACACGUCCUCAAAUUGAAUGACUGGAAACACCUCCGAGAGCUCCCCGACUUUCCUUCAGACCUGUGCCCUUCCAAUUCUGGCUCCAUCCAGCUGAUAGAGGAAAUGAUAACCCAAGUGGUCAUGAUGCACCCGGGAAUCAAGUACAUCCAUAUUGGUGGUGAUGAAGUUAUUCAUGUAGGAGCCUGUAGAUCUUGUUCCCGAACUAAUCCUUGGAUACUGUAUUCCAAACAUAUCACUGAAGUGGCACAAAUGAUACGAAGGAAGUACCCAGAGAUGACUCCAAUUAUCUGGGAUGACAUGAUGAGACAAUGGAACCCAGAAUUCCUCACCAAUAAUCCUCUCAAAAAUGUCGUUGAAGUGAUGGUCUGGGAUUAUGUCGAUGUCAAUAACCUCAUAACACCUAUGUUGUGGCACUGGUACACGAAUGCUUUCAAGAGAAUUUGGGUAGCAAGUGCUUUCAAAGGUGCUGAUCUAUCCACAGCAGAUUUUCCUAAUCUAGAGGUACGAUACCGCAACACUAAAGCGUGGCUCAAGAAAAUAGAUGAUGCUAAGAUACCGAUAGCUGGGUUCGUUUUAACUGGCUGGUCGAGGUAUGAUCACUUUGCUGUACUUUGUGAGCUCCUCCCUCCUUCUGUACCUUCACUGUUGUUGAAUAUGAUAAGUAUUUCAAAGAAGCAUGUUUCAUCUAGUGAUGAAAAAAAAUUAUCGGUUUGGAAGGAGGCCCUUAAAUGUCCCUCGUCUUCCUUUACAUUGGAGAGCCUCAAAGAAGAUCAAAACAUAUUAACUAAAUGUGAUUAUCCUGGAGCUGAAGUUUAUGGAAUAGUAUUGCAUUACCUCAUACUCAAAGCUAAAACAGACACCCUGUAUGACACAAUGACCAAGAACAAAGCAUGGCUAACUCCUUAUAAUGUCAAUCAUAAUUUCAGUAACAUAUGGCGCAUUGUGCAAGAUUACACAUAUAUGAAAACUUAUACUUUAUUAUUAGACAUAAGGAAAUUUAAUAGACUGAGUAAAACUGUUUUGGAGAAAUACUUUGAUACAUAUACUGCCAAUGAAUGGCUGGAACAAAAAAUCAGUCCUUUGGACAAGAAACUGCAAACCUUGGGUGAUUCAGUGGAAAAACUAUUAAACAUAUCAAUUUGGCCUAGAAGGCCUAUACCAUGAAAAAAAUAUGAUUAGUUUUUUUUUAGUAAUCACGAUAAUAUUGUCACCUACCUCAUUAAUAAAAUUACCACAAACGAUACAUUCCAUAACCAUCCUUUAUAUGUAUGUGUAUAUGCAUAUUUGAUAUAAUAAAUAUUUUAUCGAGCCUUCUAA